AUGACAGACCUUCCGGCGCCGCUCUUGCAGGGGCUCCGCCUCCUCAUACGUGCAAACCAUAUCCUCCACCAACACCACCUUGUCGAUGCAUUCGGCCACAUCUCGUUGCGUCACCCUAUGGCGCCGGAUCAGUACCUGAUCGCAGCCUACGACCCUGGCGCACCUGCUCUGGUGAAGUCGCAGCAAGAUUUUAUCUCGUACAGAGUGCGGGACAGCACGCCCGUGGACCCCAACGCACCACAAGGGUACUCGGAGCGCUUCAUCCAUGGUGAAAUAUUCCGUCGUUUCCCGGAAAUCAACUGUGUAGUCCACUCGCACAGCGAGACAGUGAUACCGUUCACAUUAGCGGAGGUGCCGGUGAGGCCGGUAUUCCAUAUGGCCGGUUUCCUUGGCGGCUCGUCGAAGGGUGUUCCCGUCUUCGAUGCGCAAGAUGCGUACCGCGAUUUAGUUGGGAAAGUCGAAGUGACACCGGACAUGCUGAUAAAAAACCAACCUUUGGGGAAAGCGCUGGCUCGCAAGCUCCAUCCGUCAACGCCGGUAGUACUGCAGCACAAGCAUGGGUUCACCUGCAUGGGAAGGUCAGUUGAAGAGGCAAUUUAUCGAGCACUGUAUACACAGACGAACUGCGAGCUUUUGGCGAAGGCACUGGGGUUUGCGGGGGGAGAUUGGCAGAAAGUGCAGUACUUGAGUGAGGAAGAAGCGAAGAGCUGUAAGAAGAUGAACGAGAAAUGCGUGGAUAAGAGCUGGCGGUUGUGGUUGAGAGAAGUGCAAGCGAACGCCUUGUACGAGAAUGAGGAAGGCGAGCCAGAGGCACUCGCCGUUAGUGGGAUGAAGAUGUAA